CUGAGGCUAGUUACGUCGCAGGGUUCCCCGUACCCCUCCCGCUCCCCCCCGACUGAAAGCUAGUGUGCUUGGCUAGUGUACUCGAUUUGAGCUGCCCGCCGUUCACAAGCUCUGCUCCGGCGAGCUGCCGUACAGCUGCGCAGUGGUGGCGCUGCACAACGCCAGACUGUCGCACGGGACUAUCGGCGCCCGUAUUUCGCCCCGCGCAACUCGUGUGGGUUAACAAAACUGAAAAAGCCGCUGGUGGGCAAAAGACGACUGCGCGGCCCUGCGCCAGCUCAGGCGACACGCGGGACAGCUAGGAAUUGACAAAUCAUGCCCGCCGUCGCCAAGACGACGCCGCAGCGCGCCGGCCGCCGGCGAAGUUCCAUCGGCGGCCGCAUCGUCCUCAGCGACCGCAAGAACACGCCGUCCCAGACUUUGAGGAAGACGCCGGUCAAGACCAAGAAGACGACGCCGCGCCCGCGCCGCAGCGCCUCGGCCGACAGCAAACGCGGGCGGCCCCGGUCCAACUCGACGAUUAGCACCGCGCGGUCGUCCUCCGCUGACACGAAACCCAUUGCGAGACGCAUCUCCACGGAGCCCGAGACGCCCUUCGGCAAGGCCGAGGCCAUGGCUGCUGCUGCCGCGCAUAUGUUGAAGUUAAAAGACACGCCGCCGCCCCAAGAUGUGGACGGGACGCCGUUCUCGAAGGCGGAAGCUCUAGCGGCGGCGGCGUCGCAUAUUUUGACGCUGCGAUCGAGGAGGGAGGAGGCGACGCCAGAAGGUGCCAAGACCGUCGACUUCGCGAGCGGGCCGCUAGGCGUCGAGUUCGAACCCGAAGAACUGGACGGCGACGGUUGUGAAGUGGGCUGCGUCGUCGUGCGCGUCCACGACGCGUCGCGCUAUCGCUUGCGCCCUGGUGAUGUGCUGACGGCCAUCGAUUCUGUGUCCACGAAAGAUUGGCCCUUCUCUAGAAUUGUCGAAGCUCUCAAAAUGAGACCUGAUCCUUGUAAAGCCACGUUCGAGACCACAUCCGUGAAAGAGCCCUCGAAGUCGUUAUUUAUGAAGGACACGCCGAGGGCGGCCCUCGACGCGAAGGGCGCCGCGGACCUCGCGCUGUUUUCGACGUGCGCGAAAAUAGAAGAUCUGCAGACGGCCAUGCCUGUCCCUUCCACCGGUUCGGCUCACGCGAGGAUGGCGGCCAUGCCUCAAUAUGAUGAUAGGGAUCAAACGGCCCCGAAGAGCCACGACUCGAACGAAACCUUCGCGACGCCGUUGUUGGCCGCGGAGCUGCGCGCGCUGCACGACGAGCUCGCGGUCGCCGCGUCUGAUAACGUGUCGCUCGCGGACGCGCUGGAGCGCCAACGGCGCCAGGAGCGCGAGGCCCAGUCGAGUCUCGCCAACGCUCUGUCGCCGGAGAAGCGCCCGUCGUCAGACGAAGAUCUGGCUGUGUUCGCGCAGAGAGUAGCGGAAGCCCUCAGAAGGGCCAAGGACGAGCUCGCGUCCCAGCGAAGUGCGGGAGAAGAUCUGGCGCAGGCUCGCCGCUUGAGUGAAGAGGCGUCUCAAGCCCUGAGGACGCACAAGGCGCAGAGUGAACAAGAACUAAAUGAUCUGAAGCGGGACUGCGACGAGCGUUUACAAAGGGCCGCGAACAUGUCCCAGCAGGCCGCCCAGGCCUUUCGGGGCGCGGUUGAUGAGGCGCGACGCGAGCGCGACGUUGUGAAGAGCGAGCUGCUCGAAGUGAGAGCUUCACUGAAGGAGGCCCGGAGCGACCUCGCGUGCACGGAGGGCGCCUACUCCGAACGGGAAGCUGCGUUAGCCGAGCGCUGCGAUCAUGCUGAGAGGCGCUGCCAAGAACUAGAUGCGGAACUCACGACGGCUCAACGGGACGCGUCCGAGUGGAAGCGGUCGGCCCAAGACUUCGAGGAAACGUCGCAGAUCAUCGAGCGCAAAGUGUCCGAGCUCGAAGCGACCGUAUCGAGGCAACGAAAUGACUCGGCGCGCAAGGCGACGCAGUGGGAGUCUCGGUGCAAUGAGCUCGAGGACGCGUUGGACCAGUCGGCUCGCGACUUCGAGACCAUGCGCGCGGAAAGCGAGCGAGUGAAGGAGGCCAAGCAGGCGUUGCAGGAGGCUAUUGAUAUUUCGGAGCGAGAGCUUGACGAGAAGCUGCGGGCCCGGGACCGGCAAAUCUCACGAUUGGAGGCCCAGCUCGAAAAAGGUGCUUCGCGGGCCCAGAAAGAUCAAGAGCACGCCGAUGAAUUAUGUCGAGCGCAUGAGAAGGCCCUGCAGGCUCGAGAUAUCGAGCACGCUUCAGCGGUCGCUGGCGCCCAGAAACGGUUCGAAAAUAAGUUACGAGAAGCCCACAAGACGCACGCUACUGAACUUGAGACGGCUUUGCAGCGAGCGAGGCAGGAGGCCGAGGCAUCUAGAAGGCGCGACGCGGCCUAUCACGAGAGGCGGUACGCGGCCGCGGAAGCGAGUCACAAUGAUGCGAUGCGGGAGGCGACGCUAGCGGAGCGCGUCGCGAACCGCGCGGCCCGCGACGCGUCCGAGAAACGACUCAGGCAGACCAUCGACACGGCCGUGCGGCGCGCCGACGACGCCGCCGCGGAGCGCGACGACGCCCAGUACGAGGCGGAGCGCGCCGGCGCCGCGGCGACGCGCAAAGCCCUGGCUGCUUCGGAGGCCGUCUUCGCGAAACGAUUGUCGGACAGCGAUCGCGCGGCGGCGGCCUCUACUUCCGCAUUAGUUGCGGCCGCCGAUGCGAAGCGCUUCGAAGCUUUAAGGGCGGAGCGGGCCGCCGGCGACGCUUCGAGACUGUUAGCUGUGGCAGCCGCUGGAACAACGUCGGACGCUUUGAGCGAGGCGCGGCGCGACUGCGAAGUCUUUCGGCAGCGUUCAAUAGCGGCGAACGACCGCGCGGCCGACGAAGUCCGGAACGCGCGACGGGCGGAGGCCCACGCCAAGGCGGCGGAGGCUAGGUGCAGAGAAGCCGAGGACGCCUUGGAUCAAUUGCAGCGGUCGUCGCACGCGGAGGCGGCCCAGUUACGACUCGAGAGCGAGCGGUUGGGGUUGGAGUUGGUUGCGCUCCAGGAGGAAGUUGAUGUGCAAGCAAACGGUGAACUGAGGCAAUGUAGAGCCAACGAUCAGCUCUCCAAGAAUUUUGAUGCCAUUCAAAGAGACCGCGACGCGCAGAAGGCUUCCUUAGAUCUUGUGACGGCGGAAGUCGCGCGCUUGACCGAUGAACUAAGAAGGAAGGAAGCGCAGCUCCAGGACGCGGACGCCGACGGCUUCCGGGCCCUGGACGCGUCAGCUCGAGCCGACGCCGAGAAUGAGAAAACGAAGGCGGCCCUCGAGGUGGCCGAGGCGCGCGUGCUGGCCCUGGAGAAGGAACGGGACGACCUGAUGCGGGCGGAUCAUGGCGACCGCCGGGCCCUGAUGGAAUUGGCGCAGGCGCGGAAGAGCAGAGAUGCCGAAUUUUCUUCGUUACAAGCCGUCUGCGAGUCACUAAGGGAGGACGUGAAGCGGCUGGAGUCCCACAAGGCCACGUCCUUAUCCGCGGACACUCUAAGGCGAGAAGCUGCACUAGCUGUGGCGGCGGUCCGAGCCGAAGCUAGGCGAGAACUGUCCAAGAGCGACAAGGGCCGCAUCCAAGCGGAGGAGCAGCUCAAGAAGUGCCUUGCUGAAUUGCGAGACAAGGACGACUUCGUCAGGAGGCAUCGCGCGGAGCUGGAAAACGCAAGGGCGAGGAUGGCCGAGUCCGAUUCUAAGUUAGUUGAGAUCAAGAAGGCCCUGAAGCGGGAGGUGCGGGAGGCCGCGGAACAGGCGGCGGAAGCUCGGGCCGACGCGGAGGUUGCGGUCGCGUCGGCGCGCGGCGAAGCAUUGAGGCUCGAGGACGAGGUCGAGCGUUUGAGCGCCGCGCUGCGGGGUAGGGAUGACUCGAACAUGGAAGCCGAACAUUUAGCUCAUGAUCUGUUGACGUUGUCGCGGGAGAACGACGCAUUGCGAGGCGCGACGGAGGACGUCUCGUCUAACUUGCUACGGGUGGCGCGCGAUGCUGAUAAGGAGCAGAAACGGGCGGCGAUGAACGAGAAUCGGGCGCGCAAGGUCGAGGCCGAGAUGGAGGCCAUGGGCGGCCGCGUCGAGGCGAUCGCGCGCGAGCUCCCCGAGCAAGUCAAAAGGUUGGAAACUGCCGCUGAUAAAAAAGUGGUGGAUGCGGCGGCGCGCGCGCUCAAUGCGGAGGAGCGCGCCGAGGAGGCCGUCCAUGCAUUAAGGGAGGAGGAAGGCUGUCGGCUGCGGACGGAACGAGCUUUAUCAGAUGCCGACACGCGCGCCGACGCGGCGGAAGCGCGGGCGACGCAUCUCGCGCAGCAGCUCCACGAGGCCGAGAUUGUGAGGUUGAAGGCUGAAAGGGCUUUGCGAGACGCGGAGAAGCUCGGCGAGCGUUUGAUUGGGGAACGGCAGGCCAUCUCGCUGGAUCGCGACGCGGCCGUCGCCGCGCGCGACGCGUUGGCGUGCGAGCUGAAGAAGGCGCGCGAGGAUUGCAGGAAGGCGCGCGCCGAGCUUGUGUCGGUACAAAAGGCCAAGGCCGCGGCCGACGCCGCGUGUGCUGCUGCUCGAUCCCAGACCAAGGUCCAAGCGCGGAAGCGGAGCCAGGCCGCCGAGGCGGCCGGCGCGGAACUCACAAGGGUCGCCGACGGCCUGGCCGCGUCCGAUAGAGCGGCGAAGACGCUGGCGAAGCGGCUCCAGAGCCUGAACGCGAGCGCGACGGGGCCCGUAGCCGUGGAAUUGCGCGCCCUGGCGCGGUCGCUGGACGCGUCGCAGCGCGACGCGGCGUCAGCUCGCCGGGCCGUCGCCGCCGCCGAGGCGAAGCGGGCCGCGGGCGGCUACUCGGCACCCGAGGAGGAGCUGCGGGGCGAGCUCGCGCGGGCGCGGGACCGCGCCGACGCGCUCGAGAAGGAUUUGGAAAUCGCGCGGCGGGCAUUAGAUCAAAAAGACGGCAAGGUCAACAAUUUGAAGACGUUCAACUCGACGAUCUGCGCGUUCAUAGAGAGUAUUGCGGCGGACGAGGUCAACGACGGCGCGGACGGGCCGCCGCCGCCGGCGCCGCCGCGCUCCGGGAAAAUCAAGCGGCGGGCGCGGCGCGUGCUCCAGCAGCCGGUCGCGGAUUCGCCGGCUUGGCGGUGA